AUGUGGCCCCACUUUGGCAUACGUGCUCUUCUGGUAGUGACUGUCAUCCUGAGUCCUCUGCCUGCCAGGGCACAGAGUGAAAAUGAUGUCACUGGAGAAGAUCUCUAUCCCCCUGUGUGGGACCUGGCCCCUGGAAACCUGCUAGAUUUCCCAGUAAAGGACAACAAAAUUGUUAUCAGUGCUUGGAACUAUCAAGAUCGACUGGGAGUGUACAAGAGCUUGCUAAGUGCUUCAGCCAAAUAUUUUGAUGCCUUUGGACCCCAAAACAGUGGCAAUAUUCUCUGGGGAUUACCAUUGCAGCAUGGGUGGCAAUUUCGUACAGGCAGGUUAGCAGAUCCUUCUGGUGUGACUUCCUGUGGCUAUGAAAAUGGAGAGCUCCUGUGCCAAUCUGUAAGAAGCUGGUGGUCCUGUAUGAAUUACUAUCUCUCUAUUAUACCCUUUCUGGGGGCAGUGGAGGCUGGCCUCUUUGGGCAGCUGCCAUAUGAGAUAGAAAUAUUGCCACCAGGGGAGCAAAAAGAUGACUUCUGUUACAGCGUUAAAGACUGCUGGUCUCGCAUGCCCAAGCUCAUGGAUGACUGGAAAGCCUUUUUUGAAUAUCUGCUAUCUACAGAACUCAAAACUGUCAGCUCUGCCAGCCUCUCCUCCUUCAAACUGGACGAUGCCCUUGGCCUCAUGUGGAAGGCACACACCUCCUCCAUUGCUUACGCACUCCCCAAAUUCCAUGACAGCUUAAAAUAUCUCUCUGAUCCAGAAGCAAAUUUUGGUGAAGACUGGGCUAAUGCUGUAGAUUUCAUUGCUGCCACACACUUCAGUACAGACUUACUGACCACAAACGACUUCCAGACUUUCCUGCCCCAGAGGAUGCUUGUUGAAGGGGAUGUUCUCCCAUCCAUUAGUGACUUCAGUCCAGGGCAAAAUAAGGUUCUGGUGUCACUGAGAGCUCUUCACAAAGUAAAUAAAAUAACAGGAGGAUUGGUGCUGAAGAUCUGGCAAAAGGCUAUGUCCACCGAAGCAGGAAGAAGAAUAGGCCGAGAACUGAUUGAAAGCUUGCCUUCCGGCCAGAAGCUCGAGCUACUUGACCUAAUAGGAAUUUAG